AUGGCAAUUCCAAGUGCCAUCGAUUUCAUAUUGAAUCGGACGUACGAAGAUGAAUACUUGGCAUUAAAUUGUCAGAAUGCAAAAGAUAAAAAUCCAAACAAGCAAUACGUGAAACUGUAUAUUUCAUCCGAUAUGCCAUUUAAAUUGAAUGGUAAAACGAGUAAACAUUUCGUGGUGACUCGGUAUCUCAGCGAAGGUCGCAUUGGUUUUGUUUACUUUAAAAAGAUGAAGCAAAUGAUCAAAAAGUUUCACGAAGAGAUGGCACAGCAUAAAUUCAUUCGCAUUAAUGAUUUGAUCAUCAGUGAACGCACGUUACCAACGAAUUUUGAUUGGAAUCAGAUUUUUGUCAGUUCAUUGGCUGGCCAAAGCAUUAUCGAACUUAUCAAAGAGAAUGAAUUUGCCACAACAUGUCCCAUUCCAAUUGCUCUCCUGUACUUAGAACGAAGACGCAUGGACGAGGCCAAAAAACUUCUAAUUAAAUUACGUACAAAUGGGGCGGCAAUAUUGAAAAACCAACUGCAUGGAUUGGGUGAAAAACGACCAAAUGAAGUGCAUGAUGCUCGAGCUAAGCAGCGCGAACUUAAACUAUCGAUGGAAGCCGAUAAAUAUGAGGACAUUCAACGCAGCCAUUUCAUGGAUUACCAAAUGAAGAUUGAUGCGAUACAAGAUGCUGAACUCGGCUUGCGACCAUUUAACGAGAUUUUAGUGAGAUGGGUAUGUGAAGAGAAGCAAUAUAAGCAUCCACAAUUAACAAUUGGAGAUGUUGUCACUGAUUGUGAAAAAUUGAUUGUGGCCGCUGAAAAUCGAAUUCAGUCGCUUAAUGAUAAUGAGGAUUACAAGAAAAUCCAACGAUUGGUACGAGAAAAACGUCAAAAUAUCAGGAAUUAUCAAAAUGAGAUAGCAGAUGCAGUGAGUAAGCGAUUGGAAUCACAGAUCAAUAGUGUGAUAAGAUCGCGUAACCUGUUGCAGUGUACAAAUCAAUCGACAAAAGCUCAAAUGAUUUUCGAGGAAUUUUUUGAAACUCAAACAAUUUUGGAGCCUGCGAGUAUUCUUUCAUGGCGUGCUGGAUUAAUGGCAUUGACAUUGCCAUCAGCCUUUGACCUGAAUGUUACACCCAAUUUUAUUGGAAAUAUGCUUGACUAUAUCGAACCAACAUUGGAUGAGCAUACUUUAAAGAUUAUCGUACCAUUUUUAUGCGAGUAUUUUACAUCGUUCAUAUUUAAAACAAAGGCGGCGUCCGAUGAUUUCAUGGACAUUGUUAAACCGUUACUGAAAAAUGGUGGCCAUAUUUAUGCAUAUAGCAUUGAGGAGUUUUAUCCGUUGUGUUCAACAGAUUUACCAUAUACGUCGUUAAGUUUAUUGCAAGUUUUAAACUGUGACUCCCCUGAAACUGGCAAUUACUUUGAUAACUUUCGUAUUUGCACCGAAAAUGUCGCCAUCGAUAUAAUUCAAGACGACACGAUUAAGCAUCAUUGCAACAUUAUUCAAGGCACAAAAUGUUACUUUUACGAUGGUCAUAUUGUGACAAACAAUUGCAAUGAAGACGAUGUCAUGAAUGUGUUUCUGGAUAAAUGGCAAAAAGUUAAGACUCAACGUGACAUAAAGAUUAAAUCGGAACACAAGAUUUUCACCUCGCAAGUGGAAGUGGAAAUAGAUGCAGGGACUUACGAACAUGUUGGCAAUAUUGAAGACUUUAUCAUCACCGAACAUUUGAAAUUUGCACUUUCUCUGAAAAAUCAUCGUCAAAUGACCGAUUCAUUGAUUUCUUGGGAGAAACUGAUUAUGCAGCAAGACGCCGAGAUCAAUGCUAAUAAAAUGAAGUUGGAUAUGAUUGAAGCCAAUUAUCAAGAUCCAGUUACUCAUUUGCAGCAAAUACACUUUGAGCGAUAUGUUCCUGAUGCAGUGAAUAAGGCAAUUAUUGAAUUUGAAAAACAGGCAAUGAAUCGCUUGAACGGAGCCAAUGUUAUGGAUCUGUUGCCAGUGGGGGGCGCAUUCAACCGUAAUAUUGAGGAAUUGAAAAAUAGCCUCCCAGCAUUGGAAACAUUCGAUUACAAGCAACAAUUCAAUGUCUCAAAUAUGGUUCCAGAAAAUGAAAUGAUGCAAAUGUGCAAGCAGGUUGUCGAACACAAUGAGCACAUGAAAAAAUAUCAACAAACGUUGUGCAAAUUCAAUAAAAUACAAAAAUAUCCAGAUUUGAUGGAUGAUGUGAACACCAUUCAAAUUCCUGCCGAUGCGAAUUAUUAUGACCUAUUAAAAGGUGUGCCAGAUGGUUUGUACCUGCCCGAUCUUGACGCAGAUUUUGACUAUAUUCUAAUGCAUUUUAAAGACCUCCCCGUGUGUUAUGAAUUGGUUGAGCAAGGUGCCAUAGAGACAUCAACUAAUAUGGCAAUAAUUAGCAGUGAAAUGUUUUUUGCUACCAUUUAUUACAAGGGGUUGGUAAACAUUGCGAAAUAUCUGAACAAAUUGAUUGACCCCGCCGAUGGUGUAAUUGGCUUUGGAAUUGAAUUUGGCCAUCAACGCGAAUUUGUUUUUCCUGACACAAAUUUUGAUGAAGAUUGGGUUUUGAAUCAGGAGCAAAAUCGUCAUACGAAUAAUCGUGAAAUAAAGAUAGUGUGUGUCAAAUGGUAUAAAGAUCAUGAAAUGAAGAAAUUAUGUGACAAAUGCACAGGUCUGAGUUUUGUCACCAAAACCAAAGGUACCAAUAAUGUAAUCGCGCCAAGUGAUUUGUUCGAUGUGAAAUGUCACCGUUUUGGUUUGCUGUUUCAUUUGGCAUUGUCGAUUACAACAAAUCCAUCUCUGACCAUUUUGAAUCGUAGCAUCAUUGGCCACCCACGUGAUAGCUUGCAGAACAUCAUUCAGCGAUUUCUAGUGGAACAUGAUUACGAGGACGUCGACAACGGCGACAAUGUGUUGGAUAAAAAAAUGUUAGAAAUGAUACUCAAUGCUCGUCAAUUGAUUGUGGUCAGUCGCAAACAAAAUGACUACGAUAGCAUAUUGGUGCAGGGUUUUAAACGUUUUACGUGCAACAAAGACGGAGGCGAUUUUUGCAUUACGACUGAAACUGUGAUUCCCAUAGAAGACCAUCAAAACUAGAGUUUCUCAUUCAUUCAACGUUUGAACAUUUCAGUGACAGUGUGAUCAUUUUUUACAACAUAACCUAUAAGAUGUAGCGAAUAGAAUUUUUAUGCACUGAAAGAGAAAAACCGAGUGACAAAACAAGAUUCCUUUAUGUUGAAAAAAAAUC